AUGUCCUAUCAAAAUAAGUCGAACCUAAGUAUGCGUUCUAAGAGAAGAAGAGUCAAUGAAGAACUUAAAAACAUAUCUUUACCUAUAUCAGCUCCUACAAUUGACAGAAAUGUUACAGCUCAUUCAACAGGAAUUAUCAUUAUUCCAGAAGCAAAUUUGAUUACUAAUGUUACAUCAGUGGACAAUGUUUUUGCUGUGCCUUCACAGAGAAGUAUUAAUAAAUCCCCGAAUAAAUCAGUUGAUCUCAAUUUAGUGACUGAAUUGGGUGAUGCACUAUCAGAUGUUAGUGUUAUUGAGUUUUCAUCAGAUGAAGAUGAUCGUUCUACUUCAUAUAAGUAUAGCAAAACAUCAAUUUUUAUGUCAUUAGUUGCUGAAUGGGCCGUUAACUUUAAAAUAUCUCAAAAUGCUCUUAAUGGCUUAUUAGUUAUUUUGAGGCAACACUCUUGUUUUGAAUAUUUGCCUAAAGAUUCAAGAACAAUCUUACAGACUAAACCAAUCAACACCUUAAAUAUUCACUCCGUAGAACCUGGAAACUAUUAUCAUUUUGGCCUAGCUAAUGCUAUCAAAGAAAAUAUUCCAUUAAAUUUCAAAAAUAAUGCUAUUCAUAUUGUAGCAGGAAUAGAUGGUUUGCCUCUAUUUAAAUCAACUGCUGAAGAAUUUUGGCCAAUACUUGCAUAUAUACAGCCAAACAGAAGUAACGUGUUUCCAGUAGGGAUUUACUGUGGAAAUAGAAAACCCUUGGACAGCAAUACAUUCCUGAAGUAUUUUGUAGAAGAAAUAAAUUUGUUAGACAAUAAUGGCAUUGAAAUUAAUGGAAAAAACUUGAAAGUUAUAUUGGAUGUGUUAUGCUGUGAUGCUCCGGCUAAAUCAUUCAUAUUAAAAACUAAAGGACAUGCUGGAUUCUCUUCAUGUUCAAGAUGUGAGCAUGAAGGAGAACACUUAUUGAAUAGAAUGUGUUUUCCAUAUACAACGCCAGAUAACCAACCAUCCAAGAGAACUCAUCAGAAUUAUAUUUCUCAGUUUGAUGAGGAAUAUCAUACUGAAAAUACUUCUAUAUUAACUACAGUACCAUAUUUUGACACUGUUGCUGAUUUUUCAUUGGAUUAUCAACAUUUAGUGUGCCUUGGUGUGGUUAGAAAAGUUAUGUAUUUGUGGAUUAAAGGCCCAGUGCCUAUACGUUAUCCAUCUUGGAAAAUAGAACAAAUAUCUAGAAUAUUGAUAGGUCUAAGAGUCGGUAUACCUUGCGAAAUCAAUAGAAAACCAAGAAGUUUGGCUCAUAUAAAAAACUGGAAAGCUACUGAAUUUCGUACAUUUUUAUUGUAUUUGGGUUCUUCUGCUAUCAAGUCUGUUGUAUUAAAGGAACACUGGAAACACUUUUUUAAUUUAAGUUUAGCAAUGACAAUAUUAUUGAGCCCGGACUAUGCACAACAUAUUAAUAUUGCUAGGAAGCUGUUGGACAAUUUUGUUAAAACCUUUGAAAUGUUGUAUGGUCGGCAUCUAAUAUCGCACAACGUUCAUGGAUUAACCCAUAUCUGUGAUGACUAUAUUAAAUUCGGUCCAUUGGACAAUUGUUCUACAUUUCCAUUCGAGAACUACAUGAGUACUCUAAAGAACAUGAUACGGAAGCCAGACAAGCCACUUAUACAAGUUGUUAAAAGAAGUAAUGAAAUAAGUUCAUUGAAAUUAAAUUCUCAAAAAGAAAUACCCGUGUUUACUUUUUCUGGAUUUCAUAAACAUGGACCAUUGAUUCAAAAUAUACAAGGAUUCCAGUAUACUACCUUAAAAAUGAAAACAUUUAGUAUCAAAUUAAAUACAGAAGCUGAUAGUUGUCUUUUAACAUGUAAUGGUGACAUAAUAAAAGUCUUCAAUAUAGUUAAAGAUAAAGAUGAUGCAAUAUUUUUAAUUUGUAAAAAAUUUCAAAACAAAGACAUUUUAUUUGAUAAGCCGAUCAAAUCUUCAGAAUUAGAUAUUUAUAAUGUUAAUACAUUAAGUCAUGAACUCUACUGCUAUCCUAUAAAUGAGAUUAAAAAAAAAAUGAUUUUAAUUCAUUCUGACAGUAAUGCGUUAAUAGCCUUACCAUUAAUUCAUACUUCCUGUAAUGUAUAG